GGGCACAUAGUUCUUCAGUUGUAACACAGGAAAAUGGUAGCCAGAGAGAGGAACCAGAAGUAAACAUCUUGUGUUGCAAUACAUGCAAAAGACCAUACGAACAGUCUGCAAACGAAGAACGCAUUGCAAAGCGUGUAAAACAUGAUGAAGCACACUCAACACCAACAGUCAGUGAAGAUAAAUUUUCAUAUAUGGGUGACUUUGCAGUCGUUUAUACAGACGGUUGUUGCUCAGGUAAUGGACGUAAUAAGGCACGUGCUGGAAUAGGUGUCUACUGGGGACCAGGCCACCCUUUAAAUACCAGUGAAAGGCUUCCUGGACGGCAGACUAAUCAAAGAGCGGAAAUACAUGCAGCCUGCAAAGCAAUAGAGCAAGCAAAGAGUCAAAACAUCAAGAAACUAAUUAUCUACACUGAUAGCAAGUUCACUAUUAAUGGUAUUACGAGCUGGGUUGACAACUGGAAAACAAAUGGCUGGAGAACAAGUUCAGGAGGAAGUGUAAUAAAUAAAGAAGAUUUUGAAAGACUUGAUAAUUUAUCAAAAGACAUAGAAAUUCAGUGGAUGCAUGUUCCUGGUCAUGCUGGCUUCCAAGGAAAUGAAGAAGCUGAUAGACUAGCAAGAGAAGGAGCUACUAAACAAAAGUCAUGACGUACUGGGACUAGAGACUGUUGCAGUGGGAGGAACAGGGCUGCCAUCGCAGUGUCAACUCGAACUGCUUUAAUUGUUUUGGACUUGAACUUUGAACUGUGCUUCUUUCUGGCCUGAAGUGUUAAACAUAUACCAACUUCUGGGGAGAAAAAAAACACCUUUUCUUCUGUAGCAUUUGUUUUAUAAUCGAGUCAAUAUUUAGUUGACAUAGUUUGCUUUUUCUCCGUAUUACUGAAGGGCCGCGAUCAGUGUUUUUAGCAGUCUUGUAGACUUCUGAAUUCACUGUAAAGACAGACUUCUGAAGAAGUAAUAUUAAAUCAUAAUCCUAAGUGUUCUGUAUUUUCCUCUUAGUGAAAUAAAUUAAUUUUUUGUACAG